AUGGCAAAGGAUUUGCUAGAAGCCAAAAUCGGAGACGUAUUGCAGGUGGAAUACAGUUGCGAGGCGCCCAGCAACCCCGAUGCUUGGCUGGAGGCUGUUAAAGGAUCGGAAGAAUGUACCGCCGAGGCGCCUAGCGAUCCUGAUAUGAUUGAACGCAAGGAGCUGCCUGUGGGAUGCAACGAGUUCCCCGAGGAGCCCGAGGCGCCUCCAUCUGCGAAGAAAGAGGUGGCAAAAAAUAUCCUUACCAAAUUGGCCGACCAUCGCUGGAUCUGGGAAGAGGCAGCCGAACGGGCGCUUUGCACGUUUGUGACCGCCUGGCGCAUCUUCAAGGCCUACUCGACGAUGGCUGCCGAGGGAACUUCGAUCCUUUUCCUGGGAAGCGUCGGUCUGAACGGCUCGCUGGCUGCCCUCGUACUUGUCGCUGCCGCCGUGGUUGCGCACCCGGCAAAUGUCUUCUACAUCAGUGGAGCAUACGAAACGCCGAUGAAGACUAAAAAAUCCUGGUUCCCGGAAGCGUUUACUACUGGCGGCAGAGACAAAGAGGUCUGCAUUGCCGUGGAUGCGUUUUUCGCUAGCCUGCCACUGUUCGCCUUCAUCGACGAGCGGCUCCUCGCGAUGCACGGUGGACCAUGCCCAGCAUUGACCGCCAAAGACAUCCGUGAGGGAUUUGAUCCGACGGGCGACAUGAAGACUUACCUUCGCUUGGGCACGAUUUUCAGCGAGCCGGCCUAUUCGAUCAGCAAGUACUCGGAUAUGUCUCCUGCCGUCCCCGGCUACUUGUUUGGCCCGCAAGCGAUCGAGGAGACGCUCGAGAAAUUGGGAGCCAAUUUCAUCAUCCGUGCGCAUCAGAAGAUGAUGACCGGCGCGAGCUUCUACGGCGACUGGCUGAUCUCUCUGUGUUCGGCGUGGGCGGGAGAUGAAGGUGAUCCGAUCGCCAUGGGUGCCGUGCUGCGAUACGACGGCGAAGCCAGCUUCACCAUGGUCCAUUUCAUCCCGAAGGGCAUCUUCCAUCCAACGCAGCGCCACUUUGAGAGGGCGGUUAACGCGGCAUUGGUCGCGGAGAAUCCGUUCCCUGGUGUUUACCAGGGAUCUCAGCUUCGUUGU